GUAAAGUCUGGUUCCGGAUGUCCAGACAUCUCUACUCAAAACUCACCAUUGGCAAUGUUAUCAAGGUUACAUGGCAGGUUGAGCUGUUUGAACCAUGUCUUUCCAAGCUCCUCGCACGUCGGUGUUCACCUUUCAGUCUGCAGUGCACAGUGCCCAUGUUCUCCAGGGUCUGGAUGAUCAGAGGCAGCAGGAUGUUCUGUGUGAUGUGACCGUGGUGGUAGAAAACAGGAGUUUCCGGGCCCACUGCUCUGUCUUGGCUUCCUGCAGUGAAUACUUUCACAGCAGGGUCGCCAAUGUCACCAGACAGACUUCCAUCGUCACCUUGCCUGAUGAGGUGACCAUUGGGGGAUUUGAACCAUUGCUUCAAUUUGCCUACACAUCAAAGCUACACUUCACCAAAGAAAACAUUCAUGCCAUUCACAGCAGUGCUGAGUUUUUAGGAUUUCAUGAUUUGGAGUCCUCGUGCUUUGAUUUCCUCAUCCCAAAGUUUUCUGAAGGCAAAAGAACGUCACGAGAGAUCAGCCGUAGAGCCUGUUGUCUGAGCCGGGAUCCCAAGGCCAGAUUUAGCUCCAGCGCAGAAAUCGGCCGACCAAAAUCAUCGGAGUCACACAGCUCAGUGCCUUCGAGAGCGGAUGAACAAACAGAUUUCCCAUCACGGUGUCCUCAGAGUGUGCAGGGUCAGACCAACAGGGGGGAAGAACACCUUUGUUUGGAGAAUUGUGGGCCCCAAAUGCCCCCCUUAUCUUUGGAGUUGACAGCAAAUGGUGUGUGCCCCAUGUUGUCUUUGCCAUGCCCAGACUCUGACAAAGCCGACCACCCCUCUCAGUUCUGCGAGAAAGCUCUUUUAGAGAUAGGAGAUGUGUGUCAUCAAAGUGAGUUGAGUUUGGCAGAUUGUUGCUUACCCUGUGAGCCGUCAACCCCAGGGGAUAUGAAUCUGCCAGAACUCAUUGAUCGAGCCGGCAGAGACGUGAAGCAGUCCGUGGAGACACUUGGUGCUGAAGCCGACUGCGUCCCUGGUUCAGGUCCACUCGGCACAUCGGGGGCGGGUGAUUGCCGUGAGUUAUUAGAGCAGAGUAAGGCUGGCCCAGAACCGAAAAUGGAAGGUGAUCUUACGGACCCGACACUUUCUGCUCUAAGUCACGGAGAGGGAAAUGGGGAGAGGAGCAGUGUGGAAAGGGAGGUAGCUGAACAUCUGGCAAAGGGGUUUUGGUCUGACCUAUGCCCAUCCCAGGCUCAACCACUCCCUUUGGAACCAAUAGACCAAAACAAUCUGGCAAAAGCUUCAGAUUUUCAUUGGCUUAAGCAGCUGGACCUGAGCUCCAGUGUAGGGGAUUGUCCCUUCCUCAGGGACUUUGAGCCGGGUGAUGACCCGGCCCCAUGCGCUGACAGCCUGUCCCAGUCAGAGAAGAGCCCCUACAUGUCUUCCUCGCUCAACUCUGGGGACGACUCGGACCUGGACACAGAUGGAGAUACUGAAGCCAACAACAAAAGAGCAGCAGAGAUUCAGCUCCCCUUCCCCGUGGACCAGAUCUCCACCCUGAGCCGGAGUGCCUUCCAGCAGCUUCUGAGACACCAUCACUUGACUCAAGAUCAGUUUGAAUUUGUCCAUGAUGUUCGUCGGCGAAGCAAAAACCGCGUGGCUGCACAGCGCUGCCGAAAGAGAAAGCUGGACGGCGUAUACCAGAUAGAAUGUGAGAUCAAAAGAUUAAAAAGUCAGAAAGAGCGUCUGCUGACCGAGCGAACCGAUCUGGUGCACAACCUGGAGGAGACGCGACAGAGUCUGUGCGGGUUAUGUAAGAGCGUGAGCUUCGAAACUGGCUCUGAUCAGGACCACUUGCAGCUUCUUGCCAAGGUCUCCUCACCAGACUCCACCACCCACUCCCCUUACAGUUUGGGUAAAGAUGAGGAGUCUCAGAUCACGAUCAAAAUGGUUGGUUCUUCAGAGUGUGAGCCAAGCACGCCGCCUGCUGACUCGGUGCAAACUGCUGCACCGGAUGCUGGCACACGGACAGAGGAGGCCGUUUCUACACAGAGCUGCCCGGUCUCUGCGUCUCUGCCCAGUGUCUGUCUGGACAUGAACACCAGUUUAUAAUUGGACUUAAUUUCCAUUGUCGGUUCUAAUCUUGCAGGAACGAGGAGCAGGAAGUGGACUCUGAGUAUAUAUGGUAACCCUCUUUAUGGAUUGAUAUGCUUGUCUGUGUAUUUCACUGAAUGAUGUUCGGUCUGAUUCUUCAAGUAAGUGGCAUAGAAACAUGUCAAAUGUCCUUUGCUGUAUUCCUACUAUGCAUUUCACUGAAUCUAGUACUCACCAUUUGGAAAAUGCAAAGUAAUUACCAAGUGUUUCUAUUUCUAAAUUAAAAUGAAGUUUGUGAAGAUGUUUGUUUUAUUUUGAGCUCUAUAAUUAUAGUCAUCGUCAUUGCAUUCACUGUAUGUACAACUAUGCUGUUUCUUUGAUUAUGUGCAACAACCUUUUUUUGUUUUUUACAGGAGAGGAAUUGUUAGUUAUUAUUUGAAUGCCAGUACAUAGUUGGAAUGCAUAACUGUCUGCUUCUCCUGAUGUUUGAGGAUUAAUGAAAGUGUUACAGGCAUAGGAAAUUAAGAUAUUUGAUGCAAAAUGUGCCUUAUCUGGUAGUAUGAGUGCAGGGAGAUAAAGGCAAUUUGUUUAUGUUCUUCUCUCAAUCACUGUUGCACAUUAACCCGGAGCCACAUUAAUGCCAUUGUCUUACUUUACACUAUGUCUUUAUGUUGAGUAUUUUUUAUUAAAUGUGUUCAUGGUUUACAGAUUUAAAUAAACAUUUUAUACCAUA